GGUGAGUUCUGUGACUGGAGGAAGCUCGAUUUCUGUCUCGUUCCGACUCCCCCGUGUUGUAGAGAUUUGUGGGAGCAGCACAGUCUGGGGGUGUCGGAUAUUGUUUGGGUGGAACCCACGAGCUGCCGCAAUGUUUGACGUGUGUGAGUGGAAUGAUAAUUCAGAGGCGCGCUCACUGACCCAAUGUUUGGCGAGAAAUUCCGGAGAAGCAGCCGCCAAGAAAGAUAAUUCUGGUCUUAGCAGGAAAAAGCGAACAAAGCGAAAUCGUGAGCUGCUGGAGAUCCUGCAUUCACUUGAGACCCCCAGUAUUAGGGAACAGGACUCACAUGCUGCAGAGACUCAGACUUGUGCAGCACAACAUGUUGUGUCUCCAGACCGUACCCCUCAGUGUGAAGACGCACAGCCAGUUGUGUAUCCUGUUCUCCCCUCUGAGCCCCGGCUGAGCCGCAAGCAAUGGAGGAAUAAGCUGAAGAACAAGAAACAGCACAAGAACAAAUUCAAACCUUCCUCAGACUGUGCCAAGGGGAAUGUGGAGAGGAGUGGGGAGGCAGGGGAACCCCGGGGAGGGCACAGAGGGGAGAAGACCAAAGUACAAGAUAACACAGUGCCUACAAAUAAUUUGGGUGAUCAUAAGCCCAGGAAGACUCUCACUAUAAAAGAGCACAAAGCUGGGAGACUGAAUAGAGAUGGUCAAGAAGAAGAGAGAGUUGCAGCAAAACGUGCCAGGCCCGAGCCAAUGACUGGAGGCACUGCAAAUAAGAGUGGGGCCCUCAUGCAGAGGCGUACGGUGCAGAAGCUGAAGAAAAUAAUGCAGAGGGAGGGGCAAGGGAAUGACAUAGGAACAAAUGAGGAGGAACCUGAGAUUCCAGCAGAGGAGGAGACAGUGGGGGAAAGUCCUUCCUGUGACCGUUCCACAUCGUUACGUUCCCGCAUGGAGGAACGCCUGAGUUCUGCCCGUUUCCGUUACAUUAACCAACAACUUUACACAUCAGACAGCCACGAGGCCCUUCGCCUCUUCCAAAACGACCCGGAAGCUUUUAGUGUUUAUCAUAAAGGUUUCUCCCAACAAGUCCAGCACUGGCCAGUCAACCCGGUCACCCAGAUCAUCAAGUUCAUCAAGAACAGGCCUUCCUCGCUGGUAGUGGCAGAUUUUGGCUGUGGCGAUGCUCUCAUUGCUCGAAGUGUUCGGAACACGGUCCAUUCCUUUGACCUGGUGGCUCUGAAUGAUCACGUGACUGUGUGUGACAUGUCCAAGGUCCCCCUGUCGGAUGAGACUGUGGAUAUCGCUGUAUUUUGUCUCUCUCUGAUGGGGAAGAAUGUCAGUGAGUUCCUCAAAGAAGCAAAUAGAGUCCUGAUCCCGGGGGGGGUGCUGCUACUGGCUGAAGUGAGCAGUCGUUUUGAUGACAUCAGGCAGUUCCUGAGUGCAAUGUCUCUGCUGGGAUUCAAGAACAUAACAAAGAACACAGACAACAGUCACUUUUUCCUGUUUGAGUUCAGCAAGAGUGGCCCCGCAAAGGAGCGAGUCACCCACCCUGGGCUGGAGCUGCACCCGUGUCUUUAUAAGAAGAGGUGAUCUGGACAUUAGUCCUCCUCUCAAGGUUCUGCCUCUGCCAAACGUGUGCCCAUGGCCUUCUCUGUUCCUGAGGAGCCCCGCCCCCAUAGUUUGUAAUGGGAGGAGUGGCACCAAAUCCCGUGUUCUGUUGGGCUCAGUUCACUGGCCGGAAGUUUUAUUGUAAUCCCAAAAGUCGACAUUCUGUGAUUUAGUAGAUGUUGCAAUUUAUUGGGCCCAAUUGUUUGUGCAGUUUCUGUGCCAAUAUAAUUACAAGUUUUAGUUA